UUCUCCUUAGUGCUGACAAGAAAGACUAUGAGCGCAUCUGUGCUGAGUACGGUAUCAAAGACUUCCGUGGCAUGCUGAAGAAACUUAACGAAAUGAAGAGAGAGAGAGAGGAGGAGCUUGCGGCGUUUGUGUCACACAUCAACACGCUGAAACAUAUUGAUGUGAAGGACAAUGACUGUGCAACAAUUGAGCUGGACAUGGACCUCAAGGAUCCAACCAGCAAAAUCUUUGUGUACAAGGAUGGCGUCAUGAUUCAAUUCUCGAAAGAAGAGUCUGACGGGAUAAAACACUGUUUGAAACAAGUUGGCAAGAAAUUUGUAUUUACAAUUAAAAAACUAGGCAAAGAUGAUGCUGGACUGUACUCAGUGGAUGUUGAGGGCGUCAAUGUAUUCUCCUCAGAAUUUAAAGUGCCUGAAGUUGACUUUGCUGUCAAAAUACGAGAGGUUAAGGCAACAGAGCGAGAGGACGCCCUCUUUCAGUGUGUCCUGACUUCACCCAUGGAUGAGAUCAAAUGGCUUGGCAAAAAUGCUCCAUUGACAAAUGGUGAAAAACAUGUAAUCUCUUGUUCUGAAGAUAAACUUAUCCACAAGUUGAUCGUACGUGACUGUAUGCCUUUGGAUGCUGGUAUCUAUGCGGCGGUGGCAGGAAUCAAAUCUUGCAAUGCCUGGCUUGUGGUUGAAGACCCAGGAGUUCACUUUCAUGCUGGGCUAUCUGACUGCAAAGCCAUUAUUGGAGAAGCAGCAGAGCUGGAAUGUAAAGUGAGCAGAGAAGACUGUGAGGGAAAAUGGUACAAAGAUGGAAGUGAGAUUCAAGCAUCUGACGAUAUAACCAUUACAAAAGACGGAACUUUCCACAGGCUGAGAAUUAACAAAGUCACAGAGGACCAUUCUGGAAAAUAUAAAUUUGAAGCAGAUGGACGGAAGACAGAGUCCUUGAUUAUUGUUGAAGAUCCACCCAGAUUUGAUCCUGAAGAACUGGAAAUAUUUAAAACUCCAGUAACCGUGAAGAAAGGACACAAAGCUUCCUUCAAAUUACCUUUUGUUGGAAAGGAUCCUAUAAAAGUUCAGUGGUACCUUGACGGUGAAGAGCUAUCAGAAGAAUCAAAUAUCAAGAUAGAGAACUCCGAGGGUUACACCCGUCUGCAUCUAAUGAAGCUGCAGCGCAAGGACAGUGGUGAAGUCAAGAUAAAACUCAAAAAUGAGUUUGGCACUAUUGAGGCCUUCAGCCAGCUUAUUGUACUGGAUAAACCCACUCCUCCAAUGGGACCUCUGGAGAUUGUCGAAGCUUCCGCUUCUCAAAUUGAUUUCAAGUGGAGAACCCCAAAAGAUUGCGGUGGCUGCAAGAUCGACAACUACAUCCUUGAAAGAAAUCAAGUUGGCCGCAAUACCUGGAAGAAGUUGGGGCCAAUUGGUCCUGAUGCCAAAUACAAGGACACAGAUGUAGACCAUGGCAGGAGGUACUGCUACCGUAUAAGAGCAGAGACUGAAAUGGGCAUCAGCGAGCUGAUGGAAACAGAAGACAUUCAAGCUGGAACAAAAGCAUACCCUGGACCUCCAUCAGCACCAAAGAUUGUCAGUGCCUUCAAGGACUGCAUCAACCUCUCCUGGAGUCCUCCUUCAAACACUGGAGGAACCAAUAUUCUGGGAUACAACCUUGAAAAACGCAAGAAGGGCAGCAAUCUGUGGGGCCAAGUCAAUCCACAUACUGAGAUGAUCAAAGGACACAAAGGAUUUGGUGUUAAAGAUGUGAUUGAGGGCAUUGAGUACGAAUUUCGUGUGUCAGCCAUCAAUAACUCUGGAGCGGGUGAAUACAGUGCACCAUCUGAGUUUGUGUUUGCCAGAGACCCUAAAAAGCCUCCUGGUAAAGUCAUAGACCUUAAAGUGACAGAUUCCACCUACACAACCCUGUCCCUGGCUUGGACCAAACCCAAGGACAUUGAGGGGGUUGAGGAUGAAGCCAAGGGAUAUUUUGUGGAGAUCAGGCCUGCGGAAAGCACAGAGUGGGAACGCUGCAAUACAAGUCUAGUAACCUUGAAUUUCUAUACUGUAAAAGGCAUGAAGUCCAUGGCCAUGUACUGGGUGAGAGUCAUUGCUGUCAAUGAUGGAGGAGAUGGAGAGCCGCAGGAGCUGGACAAUUACAUCCUCGCUAUGCCUCCUCCUGUGAGACCACGAUUCACAGAUAACAAAAUCAAGAGUUUCAUGGUGGUGAGGGCAGGAAAUUCUGCACGAUUCAACAUUAAUUUUGAGGCCUCUCCAUGGCCAGACGUCACCUGGUUGAAAGAUGGAGUGCCAGUGUCUAAAAAGGUGACAGUCAGCAAUGCAGAGGCCACAUCUCAGCUUCUGAUUGCUUCUUCUGAGCGCUCAGACUCUGGAAUCUAUACUAUCAUUGUUAAGAACGUUGUUGGUCAAGAAACAUUCAGCAUUGAAAUUAGAGUCACAGAUGAGCCGAAGCCACCAGGUCCAGUGGAGGUUGAUGAAAAUGUGCCUGGCACAGUGACCAUUUCUUGGACCCCAUCUCCAGAUGAGAAACGUGAUGACAGGCUGCACUACAUGGUGACUAAGCGCGAUUCAAACAAGAGAUCAUGGCACACAAUUGCAGAUCGCAUCUUCAACAAUAAAUUCACAGCCUGCAACAUCAUGCCGGACAGAGAAUAUCAGUUCCGUGUCUAUGCAAAGAAUGACAUGGGCUCCUCCAAUCCCUCUGAAUCACCAAAGUGGCUGAUUACAAGCAAAAAAGAAAAAUUCACUUUGACCAUGCCUGAAAGAAAGACCUGUGAUCUGCAGUGUCCUCCCAAGUUCAUUGUCCCAUUGAAAAUGCAUGCUGCUCCUCAAGGGUAUGAAUGCUACAUGAGCUGUGCUAUAAAAGGAGAUCCAACACCUCAUGUGACAUGGCUCCGCAACAAUAUCAGUCUGAAUACCAACACCAACUAUCUCAUCUCCAACACCUGUGGAGUCUGCUCUAUGCUUAUAUUAAGGGUUGGACCUAAAGACAUGGGGGAGUACACAGUUGUUGCAGAAAGCCCUAUGGGGAGGGCAGAGUGCUCCACUAAACUCAGUGUCAGAGAUUAAAUAAACCCCAUGAAGAUGGCCGACUUGUUCUAAAACCCUGACAUAAAUUAAGUUUCAAUUUCAGUUUACAGAUAAUGCAUACUGUAUCUUUAGAGUUGAGACAGCCCAGAUAAAUGCACAAUGUAGUAUUAAAAAUAUUGCUUGUGACACUUUCCUUUUAAGUUGUUUUCUGUUUGAGUUCAACAAAUUCCUACAAAUAACGGUAUUUAUUCAAGGUAGUAGUCAGAAUAAGGUCUUAGGCAAACAUAUGUUAGUGAAAUAGAAGCCACAACAUGUUUUGUUUGAUUCUAUGUGCAAUCCUAAUUUUAACAAAGAAGCUUGAAAUAAUUAUACUGUGGAAUUUUGCAUGUUUUACAUCUAGAUCAGAAACAGCAAAUAUUCACCUUAUGUAACUAUAACAACAGCGCAAAUAUUUAAAUACAGAACUGAGAACUGUGUAGUUGUGUUUUAUUGGUUUUUAAAGUACAAUUUAAAGAAAAUGUGUUUUAUUUAAAGCUUAUGACAGUACAGAUAGGUGACAGAUUAAAGGAAAAAACAACAUCAAGUGUUUUAGUACAGUGUUGGGCCACCACUGAUGACAUCUAUUUUGCACAAUAUUCCCUCAUUUAGUGUUUUGAUGAUGGUCGAAAAUCUCUUGUGCCAUAUGGAUGGGGGCAUUUUCAUCCUGGAAGAGACCACUCCUAUCAGGAUAGAGCUGUUUAAUCAUAGUACAGUAUCUCAUUCACUCUGAUCACCCAGAACAACUUUGUAUUGAUUUGCAGUGACAAGUGGACCCAAACCAUGCCAGCAAAAUGCCCCCCACAGCAUAACCCCCUCAGUAUUGGGGUGAAACAUUCAGACUUGUACUAUUUUUUCCUUUAAUACGUUACUUGUGUGUCUGUUCUGGUAUCUUUCAAUUUAUUUUUAGGUGUCAGGUUUCUGUUAAUGUGUUUAGAGACUUGUUGAAAUCAUGAUUUUCCUUCAAUUAUGGA